AUGGUCAGGACCAUUCUUACUUGGUUUCUUUAUGUCGCCAACCAGGUGUCCGACCUGUCCCUGCGCCCGAUUCAACCUCAGGCGAGGUUGAGGCCGGAACAUCAGCAGGUGGUGGCUCCGCUACCCAGUUCAACGCAAUUGUCUACACCCAUCAUCCAAACUCCGACAUCACAACCUAGCACAACACCUUCCGCGGUGACUCCUCCACCCGCAGAAGAGACCGAUGAAUACUGGGAUGAUAUCAUCACCGGCGUCUACGGCAUCCCACCACUGCUCAAGGUCCACGAUCGAGCCGGAAUCGUGAAAUGGUCUUGGGGUCGAGACGACGUGACCCAAGAACUACCCCCGUAUAUCAGACACUGUCUGUAUAGCGAUGCCAACGAUGCAACCGAAGUCAAGUGGAUUCGAAACGGGACCCAAAUUGCGGCCAUCUACAGCGAUCUCGUUCUGAUCAUCAACCAUACCCCUGAGAACCCGGAGACGGACAAACUGAUCACCUUCGCGGUCUGCCGACAGAAUGAAUUCCUGUGGAACUCUCAUACCUUGGAACCCUUGCCGGGCGAUCGGGUGGCUGUCGGGACAACCGGUUCCAACCCAUGGGACGGCAUCCUUGUCUACAACUCCAGUGUCGAUAACCCGCUGGUCGAUGAACCGCCGAUCUUGCAGAAUAUCACCGGCCUACGCGCCAUCCACGGCAUGAUUUGGGAUGAGCAAGAACAGAUGCUGUGGGCCGCUGGGACGGACGCCGCGGCCGAUGGGUCCGACCCAAUUCCCGCUUAUGGCACCCUGCAGGGCUAUCCCUACAAUGCGACCACCGGCGAGCUGGAAGACACCGACGAAUUCAUGUAUCGACUCGCCGAGGCAUGGGAUCAGGAGACGGAAUGGGGUCCCGGGUAUCCAUGGUGGUGUGGACCGCAUGAUCUCGUCCCCGUUCCCCAUGAGCGCAAGUUUCUCAUGUCGCAAGAUCGAGGCCUACACGCCUUUGACCUCAACACCCGCAAGUUCUUCCUGGAUAGCAAAGGUGUUAUUGAUACGUACAUGCAAGGGUUCGAGGUGACGACCAACGAUCGCCACGGCUUCAACCGCGCCGGAGAAUACCUCGAACUGCCCGAGUCGGACCUUAAGGGCUUCAGCCUCGCCCCGGAUGGAAGCUUCGUCUAUGUGCAGUCUCUGUGGCGAUUGCUUCGGGGCAACCAUACCAACCUUGUGGUCGACGGGGUGAAGCAAGAUAUAAACGAGGGGGAUGAGAUUUAUCGAUCGAGAUGGUUUGCGGAUAUUCCCGGUUGGCCCAAGCCAGCCACAUAA